AAUAGCUCUUACAGCUUGUUCUUGAAGUACACUUUUGAAUUUUCGGUGGCCAAAACACUCAAACAAUUUCUGAGUCAAAUUAUCCAUUGUAAAAACUUUCACUCACUCACUGGCACUAAAGGUAUUUUUUUAUAUUUUAGGUACCUAACGGAAACUUAGAAUGAAAUUGAACGAAGGCUGUUCAAUUACACUACCGGCGGCAAAUUUGAAAAUACAUAAUCAUUAAUUUUACGAAUAAAGGUUGAAUACGACAUUGUUUUUAAUCUAUUUUUCUACCUUAGGUCUCGAAAGCAUGAGCAAACGUAAAAAUCCCUCCGGAGCCAAUAACCAAAAUGCAGAUUUUUGCGAUUUUUUAAUAGAAUUAUCGGAAUAUGAAAAAAAUGUAACGCGUAAUAUUCAUAAAUUUAACGCAUAUAGGAAAGCCGCCGGUGUUUUAGCAGCAUAUCAUAAAAGAAUAGAAUCUGGAGAUGAAGCUAAGAAAUUAGAAGGUAUAGGGGAGAAAAUAUCUAAGAAAAUUGAUGAAUUUCUUCAAACCGGUAAAUUAAGAAAAUUAGAAGACAUACAUCAGGAUGGACAGGCAAAGGCUAUUAAUUUGCUUACACGUGUAUCUGGCAUUGGUCCGGUGAAGGCGGCUGAACUCGUGAAGAGCGGAAUCACAUCCAUCGAUGGUUUAAGGCUCCACUUGGAUAAACUGAACCAUCAUCAAAUAAUCGGUUUAAAAUAUUUCGAAGAUUUUGAAAAGAAAAUUCCUCGAUCAGAAAUACAGGAAAUAGAAAGAAAAUUGAGAGAAAUCAUACUUGAUUUGGAUACCGAGUUUACAGUAACGAUAUGUGGUAGUUACAGGCGUGGCAAAGCAGAGAGCGGCGAUAUUGAUGUUCUUGUAACCCGCCCUAGCUUGAAAGUAAGCGAAGGGAAGAAAAAACGAGGAGAAACUCUUUUGAAAUCUAUUGUAGAGCAGUUGAAAGAAAGUCUGGUUACAGAUGUUAUAUCAAUAGGAGAUACAAAAUUUAUGGGGGUAUGUCGUCUUUCGAGUGAGUUUCCAUAUCGCCGCCUGGACAUCCGGCUGAUCCCGUGCGAGCAGUACCACUGCGCAGUGCUUUACUUUACUGGCAGUGACGUGUUCAACAAGACGAUGCGUGCGCAUGCGCUGGAACAGGGGUUCACGCUCAACGAGUACUCUUUGCGUCCCGUCGGAGUUACGGGUGUGCCGGGAGAGAUGAUCCCUAUUGCAUCAGAACAAGAAAUAUUUGAGUAUAUAAACUAUCCAUACAAAAACCCAGAAGAACGAAAUAUGUGAAAAACAAAGUUUAAUAGUUAUUUAUAUCAACUGAAAAAUUAAUUGUGUGCUUGUAUUUGAUAUAGCGUCAUUUGUUUCAACAAGCUUAAAAACAUCAAAUG